UGGGAUGCCGGUGGCCUAUUUCAUCGCAAGAUCAGUUGGAAUCAUAAGUGAGAGAGUUGGACAAAAGCUUUGUCAGUCUUACUGUCAUAGAAAAUCAGAAAAAGAAAAAAGUAAUGGAGUUGGGACGUUUUUGGUGGUGGGUAGUGUUAAUUUUGGUUCAAUUAGGUAUGAAUGGGUGCUUUGGUUGCUGGGAGCAUGAGAGAGCAGCUCUCUUGCAACUCAAAGCUUCCAUAAACUCCACAGCUGAUACAGAUUAUUUUCGAACUUGGAAUUCAUCAACCAACAAAAAGAGUGAUUGCUGUGAUUGGGAUGGAGUCAAGUACAACAACACUACAGGGCAUAUAAUCCAACUUGAUCUUAAUGAUAGGAUCGGUUGGAGUAGGGAAGAUUGGUGUUUAAAUGCCUCUUUGUUUCUUCCCUUUGAAGAGCUUCAGUACCUCGAUUUGGUUGGCAAUCAGAUUAGUAGAUGGGUCCCAAAUGAAGGUUUUGAAAGAUUCUCAGCGUUGCACAAGCUGGAGAUGCUUUACUUGUUUAAUAACAAUUUCAACAACAACAUCCUGUCAUCGCUCAGUGGAAUUUCUUCGCUGAAGAUACUAGAUUUGAGUGAUAAUAAAUUGAAUGGAUCAUUCCACAUCCCAGGUUUUGAAAGAUUCUCAGCGUUGCACAAGCUGGAGAUGCUUUACUUGGCUAAUAAUCAUUUCAACAACAACAUCCUGUCAUCUUUCAGUGGAAUUUCUUCGCUGAAGAUACUAGAUUUGGGUGGAAAUAAAUUGAAUGGAUCAUUCCACAUUCCAGCAUUUAGCAACUUGGAGGAGCUCUACUUGGAUGACAAUGAGAUCGAUGACUUCGUGACAACAACAACAAAAGGUUCAAACAACUUACCUAAGCUGCAAGUCCUAGAGUUGGGUUGGAACAAAGUUAAUGCACGAAUUUUCAAGUCAUUGACCACCUUCACAUCAUUGAAGAUCUUAAGAAUGGGAGGAAACAAUUUGGAAGGAUCGUUUACAACUGAAGAGUUGAGCAAACUAAACAACCUUGAGCAGUUGAUGUUGGAUGGAUCGUCAUUUGAUAAAAGUCUUCUUCAUAAAAUUGGAGUUAUGACUUCUCUUAAUGUAUUGACAAUGUCAUACUGUGGACUGAAUGGCACCUUACCUGACCAAGGCUGGUGUGAACUUAAGAAGCUCCAAGAGAUAGACCUCAGCAACAAUAAUUUUGAAGGGAGACUACCUUCAUGUAUGGCAAACUUGACAUCACUCCGGGUAUUGGAUCUCUCUAACAAUCACUUCAAUGGGAACAGUGUCCAGUCUCCACUAUCAAGUUUGACAUCACUUGAGUACCUUUCUUUCUCAUAUAACAACUUCUCGAUCCCAUCCACAUUGUCCUUCCUUUCCAACCUCUCAAAUCUUAAGAUCCUAUUAAGUGAUAACAAUAUAUUAGCUUUGGAACCUGACUCCCUUACUUGGAUUCCAACCUUCCAAUUAAAGGUUUUCAUUUUGUCAAGUUGCUCAAUUAACAUUCACAAUAGGACACCUCCCAGAUUUCUCCAUUACCAAUAUGAUUUGCGAGUAAUUAAUCUCUCUCACAACAAGUUUGCUGGGCAGUUUCCUAACUGGUUGUUAGAGAACAAUACAAGAUUGGAGACCUUUUCUGUAAAUAAUAACUCUUUCACGGGGUCUUUUAUGGUGCCAUAUGAUAUCCGUCCCAACAUUUUGAGCAUAGAUAUUUCUGAUAAUCACUUACAUGGUCCAAUUCCCACAAACCUCGGUUUAAUUUUUCCAAAUUUAGAAUCUUUAAAAAUGUCUAGAAAUGAAUUUGAAGGCAGUAUUCCUUCUUCUUUUGGGAAUAUGGCUUUCUUAAAGAAUCUAGACUUGUCUGAGAAUCAUUUCUCAGGAACCAUACCAAUGCAUUUCAUAAUGGGUUGCUACAAUUUAGAAUUACUCCUAUUAUCAAACAAUAGCUUCAGUGGCCAAAUAUUUCCUGCCAAUUCUAAUUGGACUAAUCUAGCAAGUUUACAUUUGGACAACAAUCACUUCUCAGGCACGCUUCCAACAUGGAUGGGGAACAUGACAUAUUUAGACGAUAUUGUUAUGGCCAAAAAUCAUUUUGAAGGUCCUAUUCCAAUUGAGUUAUGCAAACUCGUUUAUCUUAGAUUUCUUGACCUUUCUGACAACAAUCUUUUUGGCUCUGUUCCAUCUUGCUUCAAUUCCUCAAGUAUCCGUUUUUUUCAAUUAAAUAAAAAUUGCUUGAGCGGUCCAAUUCCAAGUUCUUUCCAAAACAACUCCAAUCUAGUUACACUGAAUCUUCGAGAUAACCAUCUAACUGGAAACAUUCCCAAUUGGAUUGGCAGCCUCUCAUCAUUGAGAAUUCUCCUCUUGAAAGCGAAUCAUUUAAGAGGUCAAAUUCCAAUUCAAGUAUGCCUUUUGCAGAAUUUGAACAUUUUGGAUCUUUCCUACAAUAAAUUUUCAGGUCUAAUUCCUCAUUGCUUGAGUAACAUUACUUUUAAUGCAUCUGCCCAUGAUCCUUCUUUAAGUGGUCUAUAUUCAGGGGGAGCUUAUCCAUUGGGUUUGUCAUCAUAUUUGAACACAAAGUCUAUAAUUUUCGAACAUCUGCCUUAUGGUAUAAAUACGUUUGACGGAGUUGUGAAAGAUGAAGAAGAAGCAGAGUUCACAACAAAAACUAGAACUUACUCCUACAAGGGUGACAUCCUCGAGUACAUGUUUGGAAUUGACCUCUCAUGCAACAACCUAGCAGGUAAAAUCCCACUGGAACUCGGUAGGAUGAGCAACAUUCGUGCAUUGAACUUGUCACACAACAAUCUAUCAGGACCAAUCCCAGUAACAUUCUCAAAUCUAAAGCAAAUAGAAAGUCUGGAUCUUUCCUACAACAAUUUGAACGGCAAAAUUCCACCUCAGUUGACCGAAAUGACCUCUCUAGCGGUCUUUAGUGUGGCACACAACAACUUAUUAGGCACAACACCCGACAGAAAAAAUCAAUUCAUUACUUUUGAUGAAAGCAGUUAUGAGGGGAACCCUCUCCUGUGUGGACCUCCAUUACGGAAUAGUUGCACCAAAAUGAGACCACCAUCUACAAUGCCAGUGGAUAAUGAAGGGGAAGAAGGUGAUAUUUUCAUGGACAUGGGUGUCUUCUACAUAAGCUUUGUGGUGGCUUACAUAACAAUCCUGUUCGGAAUUGUUGCAGUUCUUUACAUAAAUCCAUACUGGCGUAGGGCGUGGUUUUACCUCAUUGAAGUGUGUAUUGACACUUGCUACUGUUUUGUUGUGGUUCAUUACCAUAAGUUGUUUGAUUUCAGGCUUGCAUAGCCUUGUAUUGCCCCUAUUUUGUUGUGGUUUAUUACCGUAAGUCGUUUAAUUUCAGAUUUGCAUAACCUUGCAUUUUAA